GUCUCUACCCUUGUUCUAUGGUGUCUUUGUAUCGAUUAGUUGAAAAACAAAAACUAAUUAAUAUUUCUCUGCUGUGAAGAGCAUAAACCCAGACGAGCAUUAAAGCACAACACCACCACAGCACAUCACACGACUAAACUCAAUAAAACUUCUUCUAUUAUAUGGAGCUCGACCUCCGCUCUUUCCUUCCCGACGACGCCGACACCGAACUCCAUAACACUCCUCACCGAACUGUCGACGAAAUUCUCAACGACUGCGACACAUCCUCUUCUUCAUCUACACCUUCUCCCCCUUCUUCUCCUUCUCAUCACAAUAAUAAUAAUAAUACCAAACCCACUCACUUUCCUCAACCCGUACCCGUUUCCCUUUCUCGGAUCAAACCCGAUAAACCUCCCCGUCCAUUCUCCUCCUUAUUCGGUCGCGUCACUCCCAAUGCCAAACCCGGUGCCGCUCUUGCUGCCGCCGCUGCUGCUUCCAGAUCUGUUCCGACUCCGCAUGCGGCCGCGAUCAUCUCCCGGAGGAAAAGUUCCAAUUCGAUCAGACCUGAAUCCGAUGGUUCCGAUGUUUCUUCUAGUGGUGGUGGUGGUGAAUUGGGGGAGAAGUUUGAUUCUCUGGAAAGUAAAAUUGAGGGGAGUAGUGAGAGUGUUGAAUCUGUUGAUGAUGGAGAAAUUGAAGCAGUUUUGGAUGGUAGUGGUGGUGAUUUUCAGGUGAAGAAUGAUUCUUCUCUUGUGAGUGAGGAGAAGAGUGAUUUAGACGAGUGUUCUAUUUCUCCUUCAUUGGAUGAUGUUGAAAAUGGUCAUGAUCAUGAGAAUGGUGUGAAUUCUGCACCUUUUGAUUAUAAUAAUGAUGGUUUUGGCGAAAAAACUAGUUUUGAUUAUAUUGAUGGUAAGGGAGUAAAUGAAACGGAAGAAAUAGUGAAUGUUGUUAGUGUUGGUGGGGGUUUUGUGGAAGAUAUUGGGAAUGAAGUGAAUGAUGGUGGAGUUGAUGAUAAUGAUAAUGAUGAUGAUGAUGUUGAUGGUAGUUCAAUAGGAAAUGUUUUUGAACUAGUGGAGGAGACACUUGAGGAAUUGGAAAGUGUAAUGGCUACAAAGAAAAAAUCAGAGGCUUCAAAGAAGCCACUUGAUUUGGCUGAGGAAUUGGAGAAGAAGAAUGCUUCAACUGGUUUGCAUUUGGAAGAAGGUGCUGCUGCACAGCCAAUGAGGCUUGAGGGCGUUCGGAGAGGGUCUAUUGCGUUGGGAUAUUUUGAUGUUGAUGCUGACAAUGUUAUUACAAGGGCUAUUUCAUCGCAAAUGUUUAGACGUGAUCACGGUUCUGCUCAAGUUUUGGUGGUUCAUGCUAAUUACAUCGCUGUUGGAAUGACAAAAGGGCUGAUUGUUGUAGUGCCUAGUAAAUAUUCCAUUCAUCACGCAGAUAAUACUGAUGGAAAGAUGUUGAUGCUUGCUGUGCAAGGUGACCGAUUACAUGCUCCAGUGACGUCCAUGUCUUUCAAUCAGCAAGGAGAUCUUCUUUUGGCUGGUUAUGGUGAUGGUCAUGUUACACUUUGGGAUGUGCAGAAAGGGGCUGUGGUAAAAGUUAUUAGUGGAGAGCAUACGGCACCAGUAGUGCAUGCUUUUUUUCUAGGACAGGAUCCUCAGAAUCCUCGUCAAUUUAAAGCAGUUACGGGUGAUUGUAAGGGUCUGGUUCUCUUACAUCAUAUCUCAGUGGUUGUUUUGAUUAAUAGGUUCAACAUUAAAACUCAGUGUCUUCUUGAUGGGCAAAGAACGGGCUUGGUGCUAUCCGCUUCACCACUCCUUUCCGACGAAUUCGGUGGAAGUGCCUCAUCUUAUUCUCAGGGAAACACCACGGUCUCAGCCAGCAGUAUAAGUAGCAUGGUCGGAGGUGUUGUUGGGGGAGAUGCAGGUUGGAAACUCUUCAAUGAAGGCUCUUCUCUGGUGGAAGAAGGUGUGGUUGUAUUUGUCACCCAUCAAACUGCUUUGGUGGUACGACUAAGUCCUAAAUUGGAAGUCUAUGCUCAACUCACUAGGCCAAAUGGAAUUCGGGAGGGUUCUAUGCCGUAUACUGCAUGGAAAUACAUGGCACAAACACCUAGUUGUGCUGAUAAUACACCCGUAGAUACUGCUGAAAGAGUUUCGUUGCUUGCAAUUGCUUGGGAACGGAAAGUUCAGGUUGCAAAGUUGGUCAAAUCAGAAUUAAAAGUAUAUGGAGAAUGGUUUCUUGACAGUGCGGCUAUAGGUCUGGCAUGGUUGGAUGAUCAGAUGCUGGUAGUUCUCACUUCAACUGGACAACUGAAUUUAUUUGCAAAGGAUGGAACUGUGAUUCACCAAACAAAUUUUGGUGUAGAUGGUAUUGGAGGAGAUGAACUACUUUCUUAUCAUACUCACUUCAUCAACAUAUAUGGAAACCCUGAGAAAGCUUAUCAUAACUCCAUUGCUGUAAGAGGAGCUUCUAUUUAUAUACUUGGUCCAACACAUCUUAUUGUUUCUCGUCUUCUCCCUUGGAAAGAGCGCAUCUUGGUUUUACGGAAAGCAGGUGACUGGAUGGGUGCCUUGAACAUGGCAAUGACUCUUUAUGAUGGCCAUGCUCAUGGGGUUAUUGAUCUACCUAGAACCUUGGAUGCUGUACAUGAGGCUAUAAUGCCCUUCUUGGAGGAGUUGCUUACAUCAUAUGUUGAUGAAGUGUUCUCCUAUAUUUCAGUGGCUUUCUGCAAUCAAAUUGGAAAACCUGAUCAAUCCAAUGAUUCAAAUAAUAGAAGCAAUUCAGUGCAUUCUGAAAUAAAGGAUCAAUACACGCGUGUUGGUGGAGUUGCCGUUGAAUUUUGUUGUCAUAUCAAACGGACUGACAUCCUUUUUGAUAAAAUUUCCUCGAAGUUCAUGGAUGUUCAUGUUCGACAGAGAGAAACAUUUUUGGAGCUUCUAGAGCCAUAUAUUUUGAAGGACAUGCUUGGAUCUCUACCUCCUGAGAUUAUGCAAGAAUUGGUAGAGUAUUAUAGCACGAAAGGGUGGCUGCAGAGGGUUGAGCAAUGUGUACUUCACAUGGAUAUUUCAUCCUUGGAUUUUAAUCAGGUUGUCAGAUUAUGCCGGGAGCAUGGACUAUACAGUGCCCUGGUGUAUCUCUUUAAUAAAGGAUUAGAUGAUUUUAGGGCACCUCUUGAGGAGCUCUUUGCAGUCCUACAAAAUUGCCAUAAAGAAAAUGCUACUGCUCUAGGGUAUAGAAUGUUAGUUUAUCUCAAGUACUGCUUUAUAGGUCUUGCCUUUCCACCAGGCCGUGGAACUAUUCCUCCUACGCGGUUGCCAUCUCUUAGAAAAGAACUUGUAGAGUUUUUGUUAGAGGAUUCCAGUGCUCCGAAAUCACAGACAGUUUCAGAUUCUGUGUCCAGACGGCCAUACCUGAAUCUAUAUCUUCUCUUAGAGUUAGACACUGUAGCUACAUUAGAUGUUCUCCGAUGUGCUUUCAUGAAAGAUGAAAUUUCAAAUUCCAGCUCAUCUUCACUGGAUUCAGCAGAUAGACCUAUUGAAGAAGCAAAAGAAGAAAAUAACAAUGUUACUGAAACUGAAAAUAUUUUGGUUCAGCAUACGGUGGAUGCUCUUAUUCAAAUAAUUGAUAUGAGUGUAGUUCCAACAGAUACAACCUCUAGUAGCGGUGGUGAAGGGUUAAAAGAUUGGCCUUCCAAGGACAAAGGUUGCCUGUUUGAGUUCAUUGCACAUUAUGUUGCUCUCGAAAGAGCUAAAGUUUCAAAGGGCAUACUUUGUCGAAUAUUGGAAUAUCUGACAUCAGAUAAUCCCUUUUCAACUAAUGUUUCUUCUCAGAGUUCAACUCCAAAAAGUAGAGAGAAGCAAGUGCUUGCACUUCUGGAAGUAGUUCCCGAGUCCGACUGGGAUGCGCCAUUUGUGCUAGACCUUUGUGAGAGAGCCAAAUAUCAUAAGGUUUGUGGAUUGAUUCAUUCCAUCAGACAUGAGUAUGUGGCUGCAUUGGAUAGCUAUAUGAAAGAUGUAGAUGAGCCUGUUUAUGCCUUCUCCUUUAUCGACAAAGCAUUCUCACAGUUGACUGGCAAUGACCAUGCUGCUAUUCGAUCAGCAGUUCUAUCUCGAAUUCCUGAAUUGGUGGAACUAAGAAGGGAAGGUGCAUUCCAUAUGGUUAUCAGACAUUUUAGUGAUGAAAGUUCCCAUAUCAUCAGUAAACUUCAUUCUCAUCCAAGAAGUCUUUUCCUUUAUUUAAAGACACUCAUUGAGCUUCACUUAUUUGGCACCCUAGACUUGUCUAAUUUGAGAAAGGAUGAUAUUACGAAUUCCCCUAAUGGAAAACAGAUUAAGGAUCAUUCACAAGGAGUCCAUGAUUAUUUAGAAAAUAUAUCCAAUUUCCCCAAGUACAUGCGUGAAAAUCCUAGUCAUGUGCCUGAUGAUCUUAUUGAGCUGUACCUAGAGCUGUUGUGCCAGUAUGAACGGGGUUCAGUUCUUAAGUUUCUAGAAAUGUUUGACAGCUAUCGUGUGGAACAUUGUUUACGCCUGUGUCAAGAAUAUGGUAUUAUAGAUGCUGCUGCUUUCUUAUUGGAAAGGGUUGGUGACGUUGGUAGUGCUCUUUCACUUACACUUUCUGAUCUGAAUGAGAAAUUUGUUGAGCUUGAUGCUGCUGUUGAAGCUGUAGUUUUAAACCAUCCCAAGCUUGAUUCUUCCCAUAUGGAAAUAUUCAACAAUGUUUUAAGAACAAAAGAGGUGAAUGGCAUGUACGAUUUAUUGCAUGCCUGUAUCGGUCUGUGUCAGAGGAACACACCUCGUCUAAAUCCUGAGGAGUCAGAGUUACACUGGUUUAAAUUACUUGACUCGUUUUGUGAUCCAUUGAUGGAUUCAUAUGUUGAAGAGAGAGCAUAUGAAAGAAAUAAUUAUUUUGGUGUGCUAGCUGGAUCUGCAGAUUCACGACUGGACAAAGACACCUAUAAAAGCGGUUGGAAGAUUUCUAAGUCCCGAAAUGGUGAUAUCUUGAGAAAACUGGUAUCUCAGUUCAUUAAAGAGAUUGUUGAGGGAAUGAUAGGUUUCGUUCACCUUCCAGCUAUCAUGUCCAAACUCUUGUCUGAUAAUGGUAGUCAAGAAUUUGGCUAUUUCAAGCUUACCAUAUUGGGGAUGCUGGCAACAUAUGGAUUUGAAAGAAGAAUUCUGGAUGCUGCCAAAUCCUUGAUAGAAGAUGAUACAUUCUAUACCAUGAGUUUACUCAAGAAAGGUGCCUCUCAUGGGUUUGCUCCUAGGAGUUCAGUGUGCUGUAUUUGUAAUUGCCUCCUUACAAAGAACUCAGUUACCACUGGAAUUCGAAUUUUCAACUGUGGCCAUGCAAUUCAUCUUCAGUGUGAAGUCUCUGAAAUCGAGUCCUCAAGCAAAGGAUCUUCAUCUGGAUGCCCUGUAUGCAUGCCAAACCAAACACCCCAGAAGUCUAGAAACAAAUCAAUCAUUACAGAGAAUGGCUUGGUCAAUAAAUCCUCAUCAAGACGCCAACACCCUCAUCAUGGAAGUACAAUUCAUCACCAUGACAAUGAUUUAUCAGAGAAUACAUAUGGAGGACAGCAACAGAUAUCACGGUUUGAGAUAUUGAGCAGCUUACAGAAAAAUCAAAGAUUUAUGCAAAUAGAAAACAUGCCUCCAUUGAGGCUUGCCCCACCUGCUGUGUACCAUGAAAAGGUGAGUAGAGUAGCACAUUAUCUGACUGGAGAAAGUAGCAACAGUUCUGCAGUUAUAGAGAAACAAAGUAGACACAAACAAAGCCGGGAGCUGAGAGUUAAAGGUUCAUCGAUUCGAUUUCCUUUAAAAUCAACUAUAUUUGGUAAGGAAAAGACAAAUAAGCGGUGACAUAAUACAAGAACAACAGAGCUGUGUAGGCAAGAUAGAUAAAGCACUAACAACUAUCUGUACAGGCUAACAGAAGACAUCUUCCUUAUUAGGAGAUUUCCAUUAUGUUUUUUUGUAUCUUACUCUACUUUUUGUACUUGUUAGUUGUAACUAACUAUUGAAUAUGUAUGUAUAUAAGUUAUAUGCACAAGGCUGUGUAUUUAUGUGUACAAUAGAAAAGCCAUUCUAGUGAGUUAUUGAUAUUUGAAUCAUGUGAUGAGGAAAUGUUUUAUGCCUUAUUUAUUUAUUUAUUUACUUACUCCUUC